AUGUUUCUUUUGGAUUCCACAAAGGUGUUGGUCAUCAUAGGGCUGUUGUUUAGCAAUAUAUCGGAUGGAUAUAUUUUUGGUCAAUUGUCCGGGAUGAUAGACGCUCUGCGGGCUCCAGAUAGUCCCAUACCUGUUACAGAAGAGGAUAUUUCCUGGAUUGCGUCCAUACUAAACCUGAUGUGUCUCUGCGGCUUCGCCCUCUUUGCUAUAGUCGAUCAGUUCAUGGGCCGUGGAAAAUCUGUCAUGUUCCUGAGUACACCCAUCCUUGCAACGUGGAUCAUGUUGUAUUAUGCCCAGAGCAAAGCUAUGCUGUUAAUAUCCCGAGUGAUUGUUGGUACCUUCUUUGGAAGUAUACUGAUGGUUUCAUAUGCGAACAUAGGCGAAUAUAUUUCACCAGAUAAUCGGGCAUUGUACACGAAUUUAGUAUGUGGUGCUGGACCAAUAAUAGGUAUAAUGCUAGGCCAUAUUUUAAGUAUUUUAUUCAAUUGGAGACUCGUAGCACUUUUGGGAAUAAUUCCCACAAGUAUGUCAAUAAUUCUCCCAAUAUUUUGGGUUGAAAGCCCUUCAUGGUUGGCGUCAAAGGGACGUUUUGAAGACUGUAAGCAAGCAUUUGUAGCUUUGCGUGGUUCUAGUAAAGAGGCUUGUGAUGAAUUGGAUACAUUGAUAACAUACGAAAAGGCUAAACAAAGAGCGUUCAAGUUGCAGAAUCGGCACACUAUGUUUUCUAAAUUAUUGAUAGCUUUUAAACAUAAAUAUUUUUGGAAGGUCAUGGGCUUGACAGUUAUAAGUAUAGUAUAUAGAGUAGCAUCGGGGCGUAUUUUAUUUUCCACUUUUGCUAUUACUUUAAUGCAAGAAAUAACCGGUAGUUCAAACAUUUUAUUAUUCACAUUGGCGGUGGAUAUGUUUACGAUUAGUGGUGUCUUGUUAUCUUGUUUUCUCAUAAAGAAACUUAAGAUACGAACAUUAAUUAUAAAUUUCGGAAUAAUUUCAAAUACUAUUCUCACUGUUCUUGCCAUUUGUUUAUGUUAUUUACCAACCACUAACAUAUAUUUCUCAUGUAUUAGGGUCUUUCUGCUGGCUUCUUACUUUAUUAUCCUUAGUGCUGGUCCAUAUGCAGUUCUAGAAGCUUUAAUAAGUGAAAUAUUCCCCUUGGAAAUUAAAUCAUUUUGUAUGUUUCUAUUGGGACUCGCUGGCUCUCCAUUGCAAUUUUUAUCUGUUAAAUUAGCACCCAGUAUGUUUUCUUCUAUAGGUUAUCACGGUGUUUUCUUUUUAAAUGCUGAAACGAAAGGCCGGUCGUUACAAGAAAUCGAAACAUACUUUCGGCAAGGUAGUUUCGAAAUCAAAUGUGAAAAUAGUGAAACGGCUAAGAAACUUAUACCGGAUUAUAAAAUUAACCUUUAA